GUUUCCUGUUCCGGAGGUGCUGGCGGCACUAUGGAUUUGGAGGCUGCAGAAUAAGCCCGGCUUUGCUCUGACGGCGACCUCGCCUCCCGGGAGCGUUCUUGGAGGAUGCUCUGCCAGGGACUGUGAAGGAUUCAGAAAUGACUAUGAAUCAACCCAUGUCAUCAAGGAGCUAAUAAUCUAGUGGAGGAGUUAGACAUGUGCACACAUGACUAUAAUAUGAGGCAGCCUCUGAAUUUACAGUCUCUGUGGAAGAUGUGACAUUGACCCAGACAGUACGGCACGAUGCAAGGCAGUACGUGUCAUAGAAUGUCGUUCCACCCAGGACGAGGGUGUCCCCGAGGGCGAGGAGGACACGGAGCCAGACCUUCAGCACCAGCUUUCAGGCCUCAAAAUCUGAGGCUGCUUCACCCUCAGCAGCCUCCUGUGCAAUAUCAAUACGAACCUCCAAGUGCUCCUUCCACCACCUUCUCAAACUCUCCAGCCCCCAAUUUUCUGCCUCCGCGUCCAGAUUUUGUACCCUUCCCUCCACCCAUGCCUCCGUCAGCGCAAGGCCCUCUUCCCCCUUGCCCGAUUCGGCCCCCCUUCCCCAAUCACCAGAUGAGGCCCCCCUUCCCGGUACCUCCCUGUUUUCCUCCCAUGCCGCCUCCGAUGCCCUGCCCUAAUAACCCCCCAGUUCCCGGGGCACCUCCUGGGCAAGGCUCUUUCCCCUUCAUGAUGCCCCCUCCUUCCAUGCCCCAUCCCCCGCCCCCUCCUGUCAUGCCGCAGCAGGUCAAUUAUCAGUACCCCCCUGGAUAUUCACACCACAAUUUCCCGCCUCCCAACUUUAAUAGCUUCCAGAACAGCCCCAGUUCUUUCCCGCCCAGCUCUAACAACGGCAGUAGUCCUCAUUUUAGGCAUCUCCCUCCAUACCCACUCCCAAAGGCUCCCAGUGAGAGAAGGUCCCCUGAAAGGCUCAAGCACUAUGAUGACCACAGGCACCGGGAUCACAGUCAUGGGCGAGGCGAGAGGCACAGGUCCCUGGAUCGGCGGGAGCGAGGCCGAAGUCCUGACAGGAGAAGACAAGACAGCCGCUACAGAUCAGAUUAUGACCGAGGGAGAACGCCGUCUCGCCACCGGAGCUACGAGCGGAGCAGAGAGCGGGAACGGGAGAGACACAGGCACCGGGACAGCCGAAGAUCACCAUCUCUGGAAAGGUCCUACAAAAAAGAGUAUAAGAGAUCUGGAAGAGGAAAAACUGAUGUGGCAACAAUUGGUGAGCCAUUUGGAGGAAAAAAAACUGAAAUUUCUGCUGUAUAUCCUGGAGAGAUUGAUCGCUCCCCAAGCAGGGAGAAGAAGAGGGCUCGUUGGGAAGAAGAAAAAGACCGAUGGAGUGACAACCAGAGCUCUGGUAAAGAAAAGAAUUAUACCUCAAUCAAGGAGAAGGAGAAGGAGCUGGAGGAGACGCUGCCUGACAAGAACGAGGAGGAGGAGGAAGAGCUGCUCAAGCCCGUGUGGAUUCGAUGUACCCACUCGGAAAACUACUACUCCAGUGACCCCAUGGAUCAGGUGGGAGAUUCUACUGUAGUUGGAACAAGUAGGCUCCGUGACUUAUAUGACAAGUUUGAGGAGGAGUUGGGGAGCCGGCAAGAGAAGGCCAAAGCCGCCAGACCGCCGUGGGAGCCCCCCAAGACGAAGCUGGAUGAAGAUUUAGAAAGUUCCAGCGAGUCUGAGUGUGAGUCCGACGAGGACAGCACCUGCUCUAGCAGCUCAGACUCUGAAGUUUUUGACGUCAUUGCAGAAAUCAAACGCAAAAAGGCCCAUCCUGACCGGCUUCACGAUGAACUCUGGUACAAUGACCCAGGCCAGAUGAAUGAUGGACCACUCUGCAAAUGCAGCGCAAAAGCCAGACGCACAGGAAUCAGACACAGCAUUUAUCCUGGAGAAGAGGCCAUCAAGCCCUGCCGUCCCAUGACCAACAACGCUGGCCGACUUUUCCACUAUCGGAUCACAGUCUCCCCACCUACAAACUUUUUGACCGACAGGCCAACCGUUAUAGAGUAUGAUGAUCAUGAGUAUAUCUUUGAAGGAUUUUCCAUGUUUGCACAUGCCCCCCUGACCAAUAUUCCCCUGUGUAAAGUGAUUCGGUUCAACAUCGACUACACGAUUCACUUCAUCGAAGAGAUGAUGCCUGAGAAUUUUUGUGUGAAGGGACUUGAACUCUUCUCACUAUUCCUAUUCAGAGAUAUUUUGGAAUUAUAUGACUGGAAUCUUAAAGGUCCUUUGUUUGAAGACAGUCCUCCCUGCUGCCCCAGAUUUCACUUCAUGCCACGUUUUGUAAGAUUUCUUCCAGAUGGAGGGAAGGAAGUGCUGUCCAUGCACCAGAUCCUCCUGUACCUGUUACGGUGCAGCAAGGCCCUGGUCCCCGAGGAGGAGAUCGCCAAUAUGCUGCAGUGGGAGGAGCUCGAGUGGCAGAAAUAUGCAGAGGAAUGCAAAGGCAUGAUUGUCACCAACCCUGGGACGAAACCAAGCUCUGUCCGCAUCGAUCAACUGGAUCGUGAACAGUUCAACCCCGAUGUGAUUACUUUUCCAAUUAUCGUUCACUUUGGGAUACGCCCUGCACAGUUGAGUUAUGCAGGAGACCCACAGUACCAGAAACUGUGGAAGAGUUACGUGAAACUUCGCCACCUCCUCGCAAAUAGUCCCAAAGUCAAACAAACAGACAAGCAGAAGCUGGCGCAAAGGGAGGAAGCACUCCAAAAAAUACGACAGAAGAAUACAAUGAGGCGAGAAGUAACGGUGGAGUUGAGUAGCCAAGGAUUCUGGAAAACUGGCAUUCGUUCUGAUGUCUGUCAGCACGCAAUGAUGCUACCUGUUUUGACCCAUCAUAUUCGCUACCACCAAUGCCUAAUGCACCUGGACAAGUUGAUAGGAUAUACUUUCCAAGAUCGUUGUCUGUUACAGCUGGCCAUGACUCACCCAAGUCAUCACUUAAAUUUUGGAAUGAAUCCUGAUCAUGCCAGGAAUUCUUUGUCUAACUGUGGAAUUCGGCAGCCCAAAUAUGGGGAUAGGAAAGUUCAUCACAUGCACAUGCGGAAGAAAGGAAUUAACACCUUAAUAAAUAUUAUGUCACGCCUUGGCCAAGAUGACCCAACUCCCUCAAGGAUUAAUCACAAUGAACGGCUGGAGUUCCUGGGUGAUGCUGUCGUUGAAUUUCUGACCAGUGUCCAUUUGUACUACUUGUUUCCUAGUCUGGAAGAAGGAGGGUUAGCAACUUAUCGGACUGCCAUUGUUCAAAAUCAACACCUCGCCAUGCUAGCAAAGAAACUUGAAUUGGAUCGAUUUAUGCUUUAUGCCCAUGGACCUGACCUUUGUAGAGAAUCAGACCUUCGACACGCAAUGGCUAAUUGUUUUGAAGCAUUAAUAGGAGCUGUUUACUUGGAGGGAAGCCUGGAGGAAGCCAAACAGUUAUUUGGACGCUUACUCUUUAAUGAUCCGGACCUGCGCGAAGUCUGGCUCAAUUACCCUCUCCACCCACUCCAGCUACAAGAGCCAAAUACUGAUCGACAACUUAUUGAGACUUCUCCAGUUCUACAGAAACUUACUGAGUUUGAAGAAGCAAUUGGAGUAAUUUUUACUCACGUUCGACUUCUGGCCAGAGCAUUCACGUUGAGAACCGUGGGAUUUAACCACCUGACCUUAGGCCACAACCAGAGGAUGGAAUUCCUAGGUGACUCUAUAAUGCAACUGGUAGCCACAGAGUACUUAUUUAUUCACUUCCCAGAUCAUCAUGAAGGACACUUAACUUUGCUGCGAAGCUCUCUGGUGAACAACAGGACGCAGGCCAAGGUGGCGGAGGAGCUGGGCAUGCAGGAGUACGCCAUCACCAACGACAAGACCAAGCGGCCCGCGGCGCUGCGGACCAAGACGCUGGCCGACCUGCUGGAGUCAUUUGUUGCAGCCCUGUACAUCGACAAGGAUUUGGAAUACGUUCACACUUUCAUGAAUGUCUGUUUCUUUCCGCGGUUAAAAGAGUUCAUUUUGAAUCAGGAUUGGAAUGACCCCAAAUCCCAGCUUCAGCAGUGCUGCUUGACGCUUAGGACGGAAGGGAAAGAGCCAGACAUCCCUCUGUACAAGACUCUGCAGACGGUGGGGCCAUCCCAUGCUAGAACCUACACUGUGGCCGUUUACUUCAAGGGAGAAAGAAUCGGCUGUGGGAAGGGACCAAGUAUUCAACAAGCAGAAAUGGGAGCAGCAAUGGACGCACUUGAAAAAUAUAACUUUCCCCAGAUGGCCCAUCAGAAGCGGUUCAUUGAACGGAAAUACAGACAAGAGUUAAAAGAAAUGAGGUGGGAAAGAGAACAUCAAGAGAAAGAGCCCGACGAGACUGAAGACGUAAAGAAAUGAAGGAGGACACGGGAGUCUGGCGGCUUGACUUGCUUACCACCUGCGACGGUUGCCCAUUGAGGUGAACCCUGGUUUUCCUACAGACAACAAGUGAAGUGUGGCGGUUGAAAUAAAACCCAAAAUCAAAUCACUAUUGUUGUUUUACUGAUCUUAUAUUAUGUUUUUAGCUGCGUAGUCUUUAUUACCAGGUAUCUGAUUUUUCUUCACUUGAGUGGAUAUGCAUAUUCCCUUUUAUUUUUUUCUUUAAACAAUAAAAUUUAAACAGUUUAUUCUA